AUGGAAAACAGCGGGGAAAGCGGUGAGGACAGCGGUUCCUUGAAUACGUCGGCGUUUCUCGCUGGUAGCAAUAUCGCCAACUCGUACAUCAGUAUGCAGUCUGACGAUAUGGAAGACGAUCCAGAGAAUACGGAUGAUUCCAACCAUGGAAAUUGUGACCCUUUGCAAGGAGUGAAUAUGGGUUCAUCCAGUGGACCUUUGCGGGAACAGGACAGGUUUCUUCCUAUAGCAAAUGUUGCAAAGAUAAUGAAGCGAGCAAUCCCGGAAGCUGGAAAGAUAGCAAAAGAUGCUAGAGAAUGUGUCCAAGAGUGUGUAUCAGAAUUCAUUUCUUUUAUCACGUCAGAAGCCAGUGACCGUUGUCAUAUGGAGAAAAGAAAAACCAUAAAUGGUGAAGAUAUUCUUUUUGCCAUGACCACGUUAGGAUUUGAUAAUUACGUUGAACCUUUAAAGAUGUACUUGCAAAAGUAUAGAGAAGCCACUAAGGGUGAUAACCCUGCUACGAAUACCGGGGUCAGUAGCGGUAAUGAAGACAGAAAAGGUGAUCAUGGACAUACAAUACAAUAUGAAGACCAGAUUUUCACCAUAGCUACUGCAGGUGAUGCUACUUCAUCGGAAACACCAAUAAUUUAUAGCUAUGCAACAGAUCAAAUGCAGUUUUUAUCUUAA